AUAGUUUGUCCCUCGCUGGAGUCCGUAGUCAUUGGGAAAACAUGGCUUCACACACAUGCAAGGCAUUUCUGUCUCUAGGUCGAAUAAAUGCUUCUGGUCUUGGACUGCAGAGACCAGUAAGCAGAGUCACAUACGCGACGGAUGUGUCUAUAAAUUCAUCCAAUGGAAAUAAAGGCUUUCCUGAUAGAGGCGGUAGAGGAAUCAUAAGAAGACCCAGGAGAGCUUCAGGGGAGCCCAGGACAGAAAAGAUGCCGGUGGAUCAGGACUGGACUGCAGUUUAUCCAGCAGCAACCCCCUUCAGACCGAGCUCCGUCCCCCUGCCUGUGAGGAUGGGCUACCCUGUGAAGGGAGGCGUUCCUCCAGAGAAGAAGGGCAACUUGGAGCUGAUUAAGAUACCAAAUUUUCUGCAUCUGACACCGGCGGCCAUCAAGAAACAUUGUGAAGCUAUGAAACCGUUCUGUACGGAGUGGCCCUCUGCCUUGGACACUGACGCCAAAUGUGACGAGCACUUCCCCGUCAAAGUAGAAAGCACAGACUACUUGUCCUCCGGCCUGUCCGUCCGAAACCCUUCUGCUCGUGUCGUUCAUCUCAAAGUAAAGCUGUCCAGUUUGAAUCUGGACGACCAUGCACGUAAGAAAAUGCUCAAACUCGUUGGGGAGAGAUACUGCAAAGAUACUGAUACACUCACUGUCACAGCUGACAGCUGCCCAUUGAGACAGCAGAAUCAAGACUAUGCCAUGUACCUGCUGACUGUCCUUUACCACGAGUCUUGGAAAACCGAGACCUGGGAGGCAGAGAAGACCGUGGCAGACAUGGAGGAGUACAGCUGGGAGGACAGCCCGUCCCAAAGGAACAUCUUGGAUAUGCUAGUACGCAUGAAAGCCGCCGGGGAAGGCGAAGGCGAGGAAGUGCGGGAGCAGCUGCUCGGUAGAGGAGAGGUGCAGGAGUAUAAGGACUCUGUCACAAGGUUGAAGAAUGAAGGAGAGAACGAGAGCACCAUGCUGCAGUACAAAGAGGCGGUCAAGAAAGUGCUCAACCUGUAAUUCAGAUGAAUGUACAAAUGUAUUCGACACAAAGACGGAAACCAAGAGCAGCAGGAUCCACAAAAACAUUACAUACUCUUGGCCUUGUGUAUCAUUUUGGACUCCAUCCAUACCAGUAACAGAUUACUGUAGAUAAUAAAUGUUCGGUUAUACAUGAGGAUAUAACGGCCUCAAGGGUUGUGUGAUGCUGUCUUUAAUACAAAAAUAAAAGCCUAA